AGUGAGAGGUGUGAUGGGUGGACAAUACACUGGUGCCCAUUAUCUCACCUCAAUUAGCUGCCACAUACCCUCAUGCAUACAUUAACUCGAAAUCUCUAAAUUUAACUUUUACACUCACACAGUACAUCAAUAAUGCACACAUCAAUUGCACCCGCUUGGUCAACUGAAUGUCUCAGCUUAUAUAACACAGAAGUAUUCCAGUAUGGGAAAAGUAUCCUGCAUCUAAUUAUGUUAAUUAAAAACAAUAGAACAAUACUAGAUAAAUGACACAAGGUGAUAAUAUUGGUAGGAGGUACUGAUGAGACCAUCAGAACACCAAGACAAACACACACAUACACCUCUCCUGCUUCAAUAUUUUUUUUUUGUUAUUUGAUCUUUAUUUUUGAUUAAUAAUGAGUGGUGAGGCAGUUCAUGACCGUCGCCGAACUAACGAAGUCUUAAAAAAAAUGUCCGAGGAAGAGGAAGUACUAGUGGACACCGUCGCUGUCACUCUGCCACCAGGAUGCUGUGGGGCAAGACAUAUUUUGGCUUUUAUGGGAUUCUUGGGCUUCGCAAAUGUGUAUGCCAUGCGAGUUAACUUAUCUGUAGCUAUUGUUGCUAUGGUUAACAACACAGCUAUUCCACAUGCAAACAAGACUGAAGUAGAUGUCUGUCCAACACAUUCUGGCAACUCCACUAAACCCUCUGAGGAUGGAGAAUUUGCAUGGGAUGAGUAUGAGCAAGGACUGAUCUUGGGAUCUUUCUUCUGGGGGUAUGUGCUGACUAACAUGAUUGGAGGACGGUUAGGAGAACUCAUAGGUGGCAAGGUAGUCUUCGGUGUAGGAGUUCUUGUCACAUCUAUCUUGACUCUUGUAACCCCAGUGGUGGCACAUACAAGUACACCAUUACUUAUCGCACUUCGAGUUGUGGAAGGUUUAGGAGAGGGUGUGACAUUCCCAGCAAUGAAUGCCUUGAUGGCAAAGUGGGUUCCUCCCCUUGAACGAAGCAAGAUGAGCUCCCUUGUAUAUGCUGGAUCUCAAUUUGGGACUGUGGUAUCACUUCCCAUCUCUGGCUUGUUGUGUCAGUCAUCUUUUCUCAAGGGUUGGCCAGCAGUCUUUUAUUUGUUUGGUGUUUUGGGACUUCUCUGGUUCUUUGCCUGGAUGUUUUUGAAUGGAGGCAACGCUCUCUGCUUGCCGAUCUCGGCAGCUGGGCCUGACCGACAGUCAUGUUCGUAUGUUACAAAAACAUUUACAUCGGUCAGCCCUUGCAUCCGAGGCAAUCUUCCAUCCUUCCUUAAGAACUUGUUAACUGACAGACAUUUCCGUGUUCGAGUCAAUAAUGUUCUUUCCCCGGACUUCGUCCAAGCUGAAGGUGUCCCUCAGGGAUGUGUUCUAAGCACAACACUUUUUCUCCUUGCUAUAAAUGAUUUGGCCUCUGUUCUUCCACCCAAUAUUUGGUCAUCACUCUAUGUUGAUGACUUCGCUAUUGCUUGUGCAGGCGCUGACUGUCAUCUUAUUGCAGUUUCUCUCCAGCAUGCGGUCGACCGUGUUUCCACUUGGGCCACCACGCAUGGGUUUAAAUUUUCAAGUACCAAAACUCACCAAAUUACUUUCACUAGACGCUCUGUUAUCUCCGAUCAUCCUUUGUAUCUCUAUGGCUCCCGUAUCCCGAACGUGAUACAGUCAGGUUUCUAGGCCUUCUCUUUGACCGUCGGUUAUCCUGGAAACCUCACAUUACCUCUCUGAAGGCAACUUGUCACAGCCGGCUAAACCUUCUUAAAACCCUUGCUCAUCUUUCCUGGGGAGCUGAUCGUCGAACUCUGCUUCGCCUACAUUCAGCCCUCGUUUUAUCGAAACUCGAUUAUGGUGACCAGAUUUAUUCCGCGGCCUCUCCUGCUACUCUCUCUA